CUGACUUAACAAUAGGAUUGACAUAACAACAACUCAAAGCAGCUGCUUGUUAUUUCUCAAUUCUAUAUUAACUCAUCUAACUUAAUCUGAUUAAAUAUUUCUUGUUAUGAUUUGAAUACAAUUUUAAUUGUACUUUGCAAAGGUGUACAUAAUUAUACCUAGUAAUCACUUUGUUAUUAUUUACGAUUGAAGCUUCUCACUCAAAUGAAAUAAUGGAAUAUAAAAAUGAUAUUUUGAGUACAUCUUUACUAAAGCUACAUGGAGAUUUUAAAUCACAAGUGAACUAUUUAUUACAAAAUGUAAGAUUAUCAAGGAAUGAUGUGGAAAAUUUGACAUGGCUUUUCUCAGACCUGGAACAAUCCCUACAAAGGGUUUGGCCUGGUUGCAUAGUAAUGCCAUUUGGCUCUAUAGUAACAGGUCUUGGAAUACAAACUAGUGAUGCAGAUUGCUAUGUUUCAAUACCAGAUCAUCUCAAGAUAGCAGGUGAGAAGUAUGUAAUGCAAGCAAAGCAUGCACUGAUGAGGUUCUCUGUAAAUUUCAAAGAACUGUUUGCAAUAACCAAUGCAAAAGUACCCAUUGUGAAAUGCUUCCAUGUACCAACAGAAUCUCAUUGUGAUAUUAGUUUUAAAUCAAUCUCAGGGGUAAGAAAUAGUAAAUUAAUAGCUUGUCUAUUACAAAGUAACCCAAAUGCACUGAAUCUGGCUGUUUUAAUAAAAUACUGGUCAAAAGUGCAUGGGAUCACCGGCACUAAUUUGUUGCCUAAUUAUGCUUUAACAAUGAUGGUAAUAUUUUACUUACAACAAAUAAAUGUCUUACCAUCUGUUAUACAACUGCAGAGAAAUACAGAAGCAAUCAUGGUUGAUGACUGGAACACAAGUUUCAAUGAGGACUUCAAUUUUAAAUCCAUGAAUAAUCUGUCACUGUAUAAACUCUUAGGAGGGUUCUUUGAAUAUUACAGUACUUUUAAUUUUAAAGAAAACAUUGUGUCACCAUAUUUGGGACGGCCUUUAAGUGCAGAAUUGUUUAAAGAUGUUAAAAUGGUUCCAAAUCAAUUUGCACUAUAUAAAAAGAAUGUUAUAAGUAAAGUAUAUAAGCCACUAAAUGUAAAUGGCAUAAUGUGUAUACAAGACCCCUUUGACCAUAGUAGGAAUGUAUCUGGAGCUGUGUAUCUGAGAUUAGCAGUCAAUUUCUUUUUACAUUUGAAGUAUGCGACUGAAAUGUACAAAGGAUGCACUGAAAAUGACUUCCUAGAAGGCCUCCUGUCAAAAUCGUUAGCGCCAAUUACUUUACAAUCAACAAAUAAAAAGAAAAGUAAGGUUCAUAAGACUGGACAGGGUAAAAUUAAGAAACAAACUAAAAGAAAUAGCUAUAACCACAGCAGUUUCCAAUCACUGUUUAUAGAAAUUAAUAAACUAAUGAAAAAUAAUACAAAAUAAAAGAGUUACAUUAUAUAGUAUUGUGUAGGAAAAGUAAACAAGUUUACUUGAUAAGUGAAAGACUAAAAAGGAUCAUUUAAUAAAAGGACAAAAUCAUAAUGUUAAAUGUGUAUAUGUUAAAAUAAUUUUCCUAAAAUAAUAUAAAAUAAAUUUUGUCACACACACACAUAUAUUUUAUCACAUUUAUUAUGCCUCAUUGCAUCAGCAUGGGUAGGUUCCAUAUUGUUAGAAAUCAGACUAUGAUUUACAAGAAAUUGUAUGUACUCUGACUAUAAUUAUCGUCAUUAGCAAUUACUCUGUAAUAAG